CGAUGCUGAAUUUCACAACAAACAAAAGCCGGGCUAUUAUUUUCUUUUCUUAUUUUGUUUAUCCCCACGGCCAUGGCAGCAGCGGCACCCGGAAUCGACGGCGUGUACUCCAUUCGCUUGGUCAUAGCUGACUUUUACAUGGAGAAGCCGCAGUUUGGUCAGGAUCCCUGCUACUCGGAGUUGCGCGGGAAGGAAAUCAAGCGAGUGCCGAUCAUUCGCAUAUUUGGGGCCAAUUCCAGUGGACAGAAGACCUGCAUGCAUGUGCACGGCGUGUUUCCCUAUUUCUACAUACCGUACGAUAAGAAGGACUUUGAAUCCUUGGAGCGGGGCAUCUUACAGAUUGCCAUGCACCUGGACAAGGCACUCAAUAUAUCACUGGGACAGGGCAGCUCCAAUGCCCAGCAUGUGUUCAAGAUCCAGUUGGUCAAGGGCAUCCCCUUCUAUGGCUACCAUCGUGUGGAGCAUCAGUUUCUCAAAAUAUACAUGUUCAAUCCACGCUUCGUGCGACGCGCCGCCAACCUUCUUCAGAGCGGGGCCAUACUCAGCAAGAACUUCAAUCCGCACGAGUCCCAUGUUCCCUACAUACUGCAGUUCAUGAUCGACUUCAAUCUGUAUGGUAUGAGCUACCUGCACGUUCCACUGGAGGUGCUCAAGUUCCGCCGAAGCCAUGAGGAUGAAGUGAUUCCCUAUCCGAAUGUAAAGCCCGCACAGCUGCUGGACACUAGCAGCGUUAAAAAGAUGUCCUGCAGCUCCCUGGAAAUAGACGUCAGUUCGAACUUCAUACUGAAUCGCUUCCAACUAGUCGACAAGGGCAAGGGCAGUCACACAAAUCCCGGCAUUGAAGCCAUCUGGAAUGAUGAGAACGUGCGGCGUCAAAAGCUGGCCCAGAGCUACGCUGCAGCAGCCGAUGAGCAGAAACUGAAUGCGAUUCCAGUCCUGCAACUGCCACCAACGCAGCCACGACUGCAUGUGGAAGUCGCCGAGAGUGAUGUGUUCUACCGCACGGCUCUCGAGAGCAAACUGCUUACCCUGGAGCAGUCGACGAUGUCCGACCAAACCCUGUCGGAUCAGACGCAACUCGGCAAUGCCACCAUGCAGACCACUUUGCCCAGCAGCAAGGAGCAGCGACGCACAUACAACCUGCAAAAACUGAUGGCCAAUGCCGUUUAUCCUGAGGAAUGCUCCCAGGAUCAGCAGCAGCUGCUGGUCAAUGCUUCGUUUAUCCAGAAUCACGUAGCGAGCAGCAGCAAUGGCAGCUUCUCUGGAGCUUCCUUUGCAGAAAAGGACGAUUCUGCAUACAUGGAUGAAACGCUGGUGGACGAGGAGCUAGUCUUGAGCCUUACCCAGCCCCACGGAGCUGUGCCACACGAUGCUACCUUGAGGGAAGAAGACCUGGAACUACUGGAGGUCCUGCAGCAGCUGGAGGAGCAAAGUGCCAAUGAGUCGCGCAUCGAUUUGGACAGCUCCUUGGCGCCCCUGUCGCAGCAACACAAGCACUUUGAACUAACUCCAGAGCUGCUGGACAAGGAGACGGCAGCAGCGGCUGUCGGUCCGCCUCUGGUAUCCGAUGAAGAAUCUGAUUCUGAGGGGGAAACAAACCCUGGGAGCAGGCAUGACUUCUCCACCGCCCUGGAUGAUAUUGAUGAGCUGUUGCUUAAGCUGACACAAAGCCAACCUGCUGAGACAGGGCAGACGAAGCUGCCGCAGAUCGAUGGCUCGGAUGAUCUCCAGCGCACACCGAAAAAGUUGAGAGGCAAGGCAAAGGCGACGGCGACCGAGAGUCCCCCCAAGACACCCACCACACCCAAAAGGGACAGCCAGUUGAGGUCUCCACGCACACCCAAGUCCAGUGCGGCCAAGAAAUAUGCUCCACUGCCUCUCACCAUCGGCAGAAGCUCCACGAAAAAAAAUUAUGUGGCAGCCACAGGGAAAUCCACGAACCCUCGCCUUAGUCUGCAGCUCGAUCAACGACCCAAGGGUAGCCAAGGGCCAGAGCUGUCGCUGCGCAAAAAGCUGGCCAUGACGGAGCUGCGCCGCAAAAGUGUCGAGGAGUCAUCAAACAGCUUCGUCCUGUUGCAGAAUGACUCCACUCCGCGGCGCAGUACCAGGAGACUUACCCGCAAUCUGGACAAGACUCAUCUCAUCUGCUCCCUGACGCCGCGAGAGAAAACUCCCAAACUCACGGACCUAUUCAAAACAGCUGUGGAUGCUGAGGAAGAGCAGAAAAAGCCACGUCGCAGUGCCCGUCAUCAGGCUGAGAAAGCGAGUCCUUUGGAAACGGAGACCAGUAAAGGCAGAGCCCAAAAGUCACAGAGAAAUGCCUCGGAAGAGGUGAAGAUAGUUACGCCAGCUAAGAAAAGCCGUCAAAUAAUGCCUAAAAGUACUCGAAAGGAUAUUAAUUUAGAAGAAGCCCAAGCAGAGUCUGUUCCGGAUGAAGCAGCAACACCCAGUGGGGUGAGCAAUCUGCCAGCUAGCGAUGAUGAGGCGAUCGAGUCCGAUACUGAACGCGAUCAAAUGCUUACCAAACUGCGUAAGACUCCGAAUCUGAGACGCUUGCGUAGGAGUUUUCGAUCUGAGGUGUUGACCAAACAGCACGAGGCGACGCCAACCACAGUCAGUCCUGCUCCUGCCGAUCCAGACGAGGGACAGACCACUCCACAGCUGAGUCCCAGGAGCAACGAGAGCCAAACACCCGAGCUAAUGAAGAGCUUCUAUGAGCACUCACUGAUCAUCAACAGUCCGUCGAUAUUUAGUGAUCACAUGGACAGUCCCCAGUGCUCUCCUGAUUUUGCACCUGCCACGCCGAAGGCUGAUUCCUUUGUCAUUGCACCUUUGGAGCUGCCACCCACGUACGAUGAAGUGGUUCGCGGCUGUCAUAAGCUGGACAUACACGAACACGAAUUCCAGCAGCCCUUCUACAGCAAUCCGGACGAUAUGAGCAAGGUAACCGAGGUGGGAUUCCUGGUCCUGCAUAUUCCCGGCAACAAGCUCAACGACUGUGAUCCCUUUCAAAGCAUUCUGGGCAACGACAAGGGCUUGGCUGCCUGGCGCCGUCAGCAGCUGAUUGCCAUCGGCGGCCCGGCCAUGUUGCAGCGCCAUCGGGGCGAGCAGCGCAUCCGGGAGUACUUCAGCAGUGGCCAGACGAUUGCCAUUGAGCCGGCACAGAGUGCGCCCAGUCGACAAGAGGCCAAGAUCUGGCUGAAGGCCAGGGAGCUGCUGCGGCAGCGGGAAGAGCCAGAGAGAGGCAACGACGUCGACAGUCCGAUCAAGGUCAAGCGCCAGAAGAUCACAAUGAUGCUGCAGAACGAUGAAGGCGCAGCUGACAGCGAGGAGGAUGGCGACUGUACCCUCAGCCUCACACCAAUGUCCCAGGCAAAGGCAAAAGCAACGCCAAAAAGCAGUAAGGGUCCCGCGCAGGCCAAACUCAACUUUAAUGCAUCCCUGGACGAAACAGUGGAACCGCAGCAGGGCAGCAGUCAGGCCAGUGACCAGAGCAGCGUCUCAAGUAGUGUCGCACAGGCGGAACUGGACCGCACCUCCUUCCUGCGACAGCUGGACCAGCCGGGCCACCACCAAGAGGGGCAACACGAGCUCAGCUUCGGCCUGAGCCACGCGACGCUGGACAACACGUUUGGCUUCAAGGUGAAUCUGGAGAACCUGCAGCAGGCCAAGGCGGACAUUGAGUGUAACUACUUGACCAUAAUGACGCUGGAGGUGUUUGUGUCGACGCGAGGCGAGCUGCAACCCGAUCCGAUGCACGACGAGAUCCGUUGCCUGUUCUAUGCCAUCGAGCACAGCCUGCCGGAUGCGGAUGCGGCUGGGUCGCUGCCCAGCAAGGCCUGUGGCUAUAUUAUGGUCAAUCAUGCCCAGGAUCUGCUCAGCGAGGGACUGAUCCAUGGCCUGGACAAGGACAUUGAAGUUCAGGUGGUUGCCUCUGAGGCAGAGGCAAUGGAGGCUCUGUUGGCCUUGUGUGCCCGCUGGGACGCGGACAUCUAUGCCGGCUACGAGAUCGAGAUGGCCUCCUGGGGCUAUGUGAUCGACCGGGCCAAGCAUCUGUGCUUCAACAUAGCCCCCCUGCUGUCCCGCGUGCCCACGCAGAAGGUGCGCGACUUUGUCGACGAGGAUCGGGAACAGUUCACCGAUCUGGAUGUGGAGAUGAAACUCUGCGGCCGCAUCCUGCUUGACGUGUGGCGACUGAUGCGCUCAGAGAUUGCUCUCACCUCGUACACCUUCGAGAACGUAAUGUACCACAUCCUACACAAGCGCUGCCCCUGGCACACCCCCAAGACGCUCACCGAGUGGUUCGACUCGCCCUGCACCCGCUGGAUCGUGCUGGAGUACCAUCUGGAGCGUGUGAGGGGUACUCUGGCACUGCUCGAUCAGCUGGAUCUGCUGGGACGCACCAGCGAGAUGGCCAAGCUCAUUGGCAUCCAGUUCUACGAGGUUCUGUCGCGAGGCUCCCAGUUUCGAGUCGAGAGCAUGAUGCUCAGAAUUGCUAAGCCCAAGAACGUGGUGCCGCUGUCGCCCAGCGUCCAGCAGCGUGCGCACAUGAGGGCGCCCGAGUACCUGGCGUUAAUCCUGGAGCCGCAGUCUCGCUUCUACGCCGAUCCAUUGAUUGUGCUUGACUUUCAGAGUCUCUACCCCAGCAUGAUUAUUGCCUACAACUAUUGCUUCUCCACCUGCCUGGGCCGGGUGGAGCAUCUGGGGGGUAGCUCCCCCUUCGAGUUCGGAGCCUCACAGCUACGCGUGUCGCGUCAAAUGCUGCAAAAACUGCUGGAGCACGAUCUGGUGACGGUGUCGCCGUGCGGUGUGGUGUUUGUCAAGCGGGAGGUGAGGGAGGGCAUUCUGCCGCGCAUGUUAACCGAGAUUCUAGACACGCGCCUGAUGGUCAAGCAGUCGAUGAAGCUCCACAGGGAAAACUCUGCCCUUCAGCGGAUUCUGCACUCCCGUCAGCUGGGACUGAAGCUGAUGGCCAAUGUGACCUACGGCUAUACGGCGGCCAACUUCAGCGGACGCAUGCCGGCCGUGGAGGUGGGCGACUCUGUCGUGGCCAAGGGCCGCGAGACCCUGGAGCGUGCCAUAAAGCUUGUGGAGGCCAACGAGGAGUGGAAGGUGCGCGUGGUGUACGGCGACACGGACUCGAUGUUUGUCCUGGUGCCAGGCCGCAAUCGGGCGGAGGCAUUCCGGAUAGGCGAGGAGAUAGCCCAGGCCGUCACCGAGAUGAGUCCCCAGCCAGUGAAGCUAAAGCUGGAGAAGGUCUACCAGCCCUGCCUGCUGCAGACCAAGAAGCGCUACGUCGGCUACAUGUACGAGACGGCCGACCAGGCGCAGCCCGUAUACGAGGCCAAGGGCAUUGAGACGGUGCGUCGGGAUGGCUGCCCGGCAGUGGCCAAGAUGCUGGAGAAGGUGCUCCGUCUGCUCUUUGAGACGGCAGACGUUAGCCAGGUGAAGCAGUACGUCUGUCGCCAGUUCACCAAACUGCUCUCCGGACGGGCCAACCUGCAGGAUCUCAUCUUUGCCAAGGAGUUUCGUGGACUCAAUGGCUACAAGCCCACGGCCUGUGUGCCGGCCCUGCAGCUAACGCGCAAGUGGAUGCAGAAGGAUCCCAGGCGCAUACCGCGUCGGGGUGAGCGUGUACCCUUCAUUAUCAUCAAUGGGCCACCAGGCGUGCAGCUUAUCCGUCUGGUGCGCAGUCCCCACGACAUUCUGGCCAACGAGGGCCACAAGAUCAAUGCCAUCUACUACAUCACCAAGGCGAUUAUUCCGCCCCUGAACCGCUGCCUGCUGCUGGUGGGAGCCGAUGUCAACGACUGGUUCACCAGCCUGCCGCGCAAGCUGCUCAUGAUGCCCGCCCUAGCCACGGCCAAUGAGUUGGCCAGCGGCAGAGGCGCCAAGUCCACCAUCUCCCAGUAUUUCUCCACCACCAGCUGUGUAAUUGAUUGCGGCCGCCAGACCAAGGCCGGCAUUUGUACCGAAUGCCUGAGAAACGCCACCAAAUGUGUUGUCAUGCUGUCGGACAAGGUGGCUCGCCUGGAGCGUGGCCACCAGCUAACGCAGCAAAUCUGCCAGUCCUGCUGCGGGCGUGCUGGCAGUCUACAGUGCGACUCCCUCGACUGUCCCGUGCGAUAUGUGCUAGAGGUAAAGCGUCGCGAUCUCCAGCAGAUUGGACACAUUCGCAGGCUGCUCGAGGACAAUUUCUAAAAGAAAUUGGUGGGUUGUGCUCCAGUGAGGGAGUAGAAAAUACGCAGCCACUAGAACAAUUUCAGUAGUCAGUUCAUGCACAUUUAAUUGACUGAAAUACAUUCAGGAUAAUUAUGCUAUCCGGCAUAUAAAUAUACUCGUAUAUUUUGCAACUUUUCUGCGCGCUUAAAAGAGUUAAAAUUACAUUAAUUUGUUGUUUAGCCAGAUUUCCUACACAUUUAAAAUGGCUUAGACACUACUUGUGGGUUUGUUGCUCUGUAAUACUAGAGGAAUUUGUUAACUAUUGAUGUUUAAGCAUACUUUUGUGAUUGUUGUUUGUGUUUAAAUGAAUGUUGUAAUAGUAUGUAUGAAUAUUAUUAAAUAAUUGCCUCAAGCUGCUGCAGAAAUCAAUUUAAUGAUGAGAGUUUCAUCAAGGCCAUAAUUGUGUGGGUGUGUGUGUGUGCAUGAGUAUGUGCAUGUUAAUGUUUACAAUUAUUCAACUUUGUGUUUCACUUUUGAUUAUGAUUUAAUGCUACGAUUAAACAAUUUCAUUUCAAUAGUUAACCAAAUUUAUAACAAUUUGUAUAUGAUUACAGGUAUAUCUGAUUUUGAGCAGUUUGUGGCAGAAACAUCCAACAAAUUACAAUAAUGAAAAUAGCAAAAAAUAAAAAUAAAAUAGGUUCCAAUUAUUUUGUUUGCAUUUUA